AGAAGUCCAGGAUCACGCUGUUCGGUGGGGUGCCAAAUUCGAGUUCGUCUGCAAGAUGAGCGCCAAUGCUUCUACUGGGGUAUUGGAUCCUUGUAUCCUGAGGGUAUCCGUCAGGAAGGAGCUGAAAGGGGGUCGGUCAUUCCAGAAGCUGGGCUUCACAGACCUAAACCUGGCUGAGUUUGCAGGAUCAGGUCAAACAACUCGACGCUGCCUAUUAGAGGGGUAUGACACAAGGCAUCGACAAGAUAAUUCCAUGCUCACAGUAGCUAUUCAUAUGAAUAUGCUCUCUGGUGACAUCCUUUUCAAAGUUCCUUCUCCUUCUUCAAAACAUAAGCAGGUGACAGCCCAAGAGGAAGGACCAGAGUGUCGUGAUGAGUUCUCCAGUGGCUCUCUUGCUGGAUCUUUAGCCAGCGGUAGUUCUGGGUUUGGCAGUUUACCCAAGAAGAGGCCACCCUUAUUUACUUCAGAACUAGUGACUGGAGCUGUGCAGGAUACGUUGGACCCUGCAGAAGCUGCUGGUGAGACAGAUGAGGGUCAUGAACCAGGACAUUCACGUAACUCUUCCAACACCAGUCAGAUGAGCAAAGCAUCAGGUUACAGUUCCCUCAACAGCCAGUCACAGCAUAGUAGGCAGAGCAGCUCUGGGGAUUCAGGACAUAUCAGGUCCCCAGGCAUGCUCCAUCAACACAGCCCUAGCUCCCCAAGAGGCAGUCCAGCAGAUGCAUUCUUCAGCAACAACCAUACACACAGGAGUGUGAUGUCACAGCAUCGGAAGUUAUUUGAAAGCAACUCGAAACUGCCAACUGUGGCAAUCAGCCCUGAUGACCAACCAGAGGAGAGUGACUGUUUGACUCUGACAACGGCAGUCAUGCAUCGCAGAAGCAGUACAGUAAAUCCAAGUUCUGGAUCAGGAUUAAGUGAGACUGGGUCACUUGACCGAGCAAAGGCAGCUCUGGAGAGACGCAAGAAAGCAUCCGAAGAGGGGGCACCACAGGCACGUGUUGAAGUGACAAGAGUGAACCCAGACAGCCUCAUUGAUGAAAUCUUGAGAUCCACCAAUUUAGAACCACAAGAUGAAUCAGCAUCAGGUCUGCAGCUUUUUAUUGCAAAGGAUGGUACAACUGCACUGGGCAGCCAUGAGGUGAAGAGUCAGAUGCCAGCAGGAGUAUUUAAGCAAGUGGUCAUGGAUUCAGAAAACAGGUAACACCCCAGUGGAGAAGUGGGGUGUUAGUUUAGACUGUACAGGAUCAUGAGAAUAAGUAUGUGUUGACCAAGACAAAAUAAAUGGUGGUGUAAAAUGUGACAUGUUUUGGUGAUUGACAGAAACUGAAACAAGACAAUAAACACUGUAUGCCAUUACAUGAGGCAUUACAGUUAAAAAAAAAAGUGGUUGUCUUUGGUUAAUUGUGAUUUAUAUGUUGUGUGAUUGAUUAUUUAUGAGCAGUUGUGUGUUAAAGGUCUUUGUUGCCCAGGUCACUUAAGGCAUUCAGUUUGAUUUUUUGUUGUAUGAGCAGGAUGCAUAGGAUUUAUGUUUCAUUGAAGAUGAUUGUUACAGAUGAAUGCUUUCUGAGGUUAGUAUCAAGCAUUAGAACAGUCACACUUUUGUGUAAUGAAUCCAGUUUCAGGAAGAAACAUUGUUUGUAAAAAUUAUCCUCCUCCUCCUCUGAUUGUUUCAUUUUAUUUAAAUUGAGACACUGUUCUUACUACAAAACCUUUUCUACUCCUCCUCUGUGCUUUGUGUUAUAUUUUUAGAGCUAGUAAUCAUAUAUAUAUAUUAAACCCUUUUAUCAAGUCUUCCCCAUUUCUCCGUCUAUAAUCUGGUUGCUAGGUGCCCGUAAGUAGUUUUGUAGUGCAGAAGUGAUGUCUUUCUGCUGCUGUUUUGGUGGUAGGAACUGACUAAUGAAUAUAUAUAUGUUAUUUAUGUCAGCUGCUGUUUAAAUGCUUGGCAGCCAUUUAAUGCAUAAAUUGAUCCCUCAGCAUUGUCAUGGUGGCAAACAGUAGAACAGUUGUCAACAGGAG